UUCCCCUCAGUGACAUCUUAAAAUGCCAUCGUAUGCUCGUGACACCACAGCAUCGACGUUUGAGGCUGUUUGUUGAACCAAAUAUUAACGUUACUCACGGGUAAUUGUAACGUCAGUAGCUAGCAGUUACUUUGCUGGUGUAAUAAAUUAGCAUUCGUGCUCCAUGAUAAAAAGAGGGGGCUUUAAAGCAGAUACGCCUCUUCCGCAUUGAGCAGCGGUCCCUGAAGCUCACUAGAGCUGUAACACACCAUCAUGACCGGACAUCGAUACAAAAUCCCACCUCUCAUGUUCUGGAGAUCUACGGAAAAAAAAAACAGAAAAGCCGUCGCCAUUCUUCCGUUGGCGUCUCCAGCGUGUGAUUGGAUGACGCAGUCGCACGUAACGUACGUAGACAAACAUGGCGGUGUAGCAGCGGUGGAGGGUAGUUACCAUGUGAAAAUCGUCUGCUGUUCAGAAAUGGCAGCGCUUCAGACCCCACAUGAGAAGGUGGCUCAAACCCCAGUGAAGAAAAACAACAACAACAACAACCACAACAACAAUUCUAAACCCUCCCCGAAGGUCAAAAAUGUCUACUGUGAUUUGUGUCGCACGUCGUAUUUGAAACAUGAGGCACAAGAGCAUAUGCACGGCAUGCUGCAUCACAGAGAGCUGGAGACAGUGCUGGGCAAGAAUUUAUUUCAUGAAUGUCAGGCAUGUAAGGAAUCCUCCAUGGGUUUAAAACAGUAUGCUCAGCACAUCUCCACCCCUCAACAUAAAGCCAGGUUGAAGAGCUUGAUGUCUAAAAAUCUAAAGCCCCCCACACUGAAGAGGAUCCUGGGCACAGAGACCUACGACCAAAUCCUGGAGAGGAACAAGAUAUUGAAGUUUCAGGAGAGGAAAGUAAGGAGAAAGAGAAAAAAGAAACUGAAACAGUUAGCUGGUCAGAAGCAAGCAGAAAUGCAACAGGGAGCUGACGGAAGAAAAACAGGGGGGUCCGAAGGAGUUGUUAAGCUGGAAAAAUCCGAACAAGUGAAAACAAGUCGAUUGAUUCAGGUGCAGGAAACCCACCAGGAAGGAAGCAACAGUGCUGUUACUCAAAACAAAGAGAAUAAAGUGUCCAGUCUACAAAGACCUCCUCACCAAAGAGAGCAAACACGGCAAUUCAAGCCAGACAGAUCGGCUUGUUUGUCCAGAGAGCCUGCAGGUAGAGGUGGGCAUCACCCUUAUGUCCGGGACCAGUUCACCCAGUCUACUUACCAGAUGAGGUAUGAUGGCAACUUUUCUGGCAACAGUCAGUUCACCAAAGUCAGUACUGAGAAUUCCCAAACGGACAGAAAUAUUAAAAGACAACACAAUACUCAAGGAGGUGCCACUAACAUGUCAGAACGAACAACAUGGCAUGCUAUUAGACAGCAAGGCCAUUACAAGAACCAGUAUGAUGGUGCAGCAGAUUUCACAAGUGAUCAACUCCCUCAGAAUGGAGCCAUCAUCUUUCAUCACGACCAGAAAGAGAGUAUGGGAUCUUCUCAGGCAGAACAAGAAGGUUCAGCUCAACCUGCUUCAACAAACAAACCUGCUAACGCAGCUCCGAUACGGGACGUUGACGUCAGCGAGAUGCUACGGCAAAUCAGGAGAGCGCUGGGUGUGAGGGAGCCGUGUAGAGCCGAUCGUGAAGCCCGGAGGCAGAACGCUGAGGCAGCUGUCCGGUCAGCUGAUCCAGCUGAAGCUAAGAAGGAGCAGCCAGCAGGUGUCUUUCACAAAAACUCCCCCAUCCCCUCUGCUGGUACUACAUCUGUGCAGUCCUCACUGGUCAGCUCCCCUGCUCCUGCAUCACAUUCUGGUGUUCACCCUUCCAGUUAUGCUCCAGCUAAUUCAAAACAGACAGUCAGAAUGACACAAGGAACAAAUCAGUAUUGUGAGGAGAGCUCAGUGGUUGUGAGUGCCUCAAAUGGACCACCAAAUAGCAGAGACAGAGAAUCACAGGAGGCCCUGGACAGCCAGACUCCACUCACCCGAUGUUUAAGAACGACUGCAUCCUCUGAGUCCACUCAGAACACCACCCAUAAGGUUCGAAUUGCCCAUGAACCGUGCAAAAUUCCCAAACCAAACUUGAAUAAGUUUCUCAGCUCAUCAGGGGCAAAGAGUAAGUUGAGUUGGAGGGAGGUGCACGAGGAGAUGAGGAGGAAGAAGCAGGAGAGUAUCAAAGGCAUUCCCAGGUUUGGAAUCAAACUUGCGAACCCUUCGUCUGACCAGGAAAUCUCAACUCAAGCGGAAGACUUUCCUCUGUCGGAGGGUUUCCACUGGGAGUCGCUGCCUGGCAGUGCUUCAGGUGAACACUUGACUCGACUACCUCCUCCUGCAGCCCAGGACACUACAGUUAAUGAACAUCACACAGCAACACCGUCAGAUUCUCAGAUGCAGGAGGCUGUGGAGCAGCUUGGAGCAGCGCAGGAAGGUUGCAACAGUCAGAUGGUCAAAGUUGUCUCUGUGAAGGUGGAAACACACUUGGACGAGGAUGGAGAUUUGGGAGACCACAGUAGUGCCAAAAAGAGGAAAAGCAAAGUGGUGAGAUGUGAUGGCGUCCCUAAUAACGAGACGGGGGGAAAAAAGAAGAAAACUAAGUCAAAGAAGGACCACAACCAAAUGGACCAGCUGUUGGCUGUGUCUCUGAGGGAGGAGGAGCUGAGCCACUCGUUACAGGAUCUGGACAGGUCUCUGAUCCAGGCCCGCAACGCCCUGCAAGCUGCCUACACGGAAGUCCAAAGACUCCUCCUAUUGAGACAGCAGUGCACUGCUGAGGUCAACAGUCUCAGAGCCAGGCGCAUUGAGAUCCUGCAGGGGAUGCAAGAACUAAGUGUAGCAGAGAGAGCCACCACUUCAUCAGCAGGGGCGGCUGCUGACGUGCAAUCAAGGCUCUCUCCCCUUCCUUCCUUCUGUGCCUUCCCCUGCCCUGUCAGUGCCUCUAGUCAGCACUCGUCCUCCACAAACCAAGCAUCCUCGAUCAGCCAACCUCAUCCAGCCCCUCUUGCCCUGCCAACCAUGCCACUAAAGCAAGAACUGCAGACAGUGUCCUGUAACCCUGAUAAACCUCAGGUACCUGUGAACCAGCCUGUGACCCUGUUUCCUCAUGAUUUGCUCCCCUCACUGCUGCUUACAUCGUCACACUUAGCUGCACCCACAACUCCUGUUACCUCUCUGAACCAACUCAAAACAAUAUCCUCUUUAUCUGCGAGUCCCUCUCCUGAAUCAUCUGUCAGGCAGCAGGAGCAAGUGACCAGGGAGAGGUGGAAAGACUCUCUAACGAAAGUCAGGUUAGCGGGAGACGAAGCUGACAGUGAUUCUGAGGAAGAGACAGGAGGAAAUCUUGGGCCCACAACAGAGAAACCUGUUUCCACCCUUGUUCCUGAAAGCGAAGCUCAGAAUGAUGGCGCAGGGAAUGAGAGCGAUGACUCCGUCGAGAUGGUGGAGCCCUCCAACCUGGAGAUUAUUGAUAUCGACGAAUCGGACAAUGAGGAGACUAUCUCAAUUGUUCCCGUUCAACGAGAGCCUCCUCAGAAGUCUGUCAGUGUGGAGUUCAGCGCUGUGAGCACACAGACGCUUCAGCAAAAAGAGGAUGGGAGAAAAGUUCAGCCCACUUUUGUGCCAGUCAAAGAUGCCAGUGGUCCUCCAGAGUGUUUUGAGGGGGUUGAGGAAGAGGAGCCAUUCUUGGGAGCGUUUGAGAACCACACAGGCCCCGUCCACGGCCUCCAAGUUCACGAGGGCCUGUUGUACACAUGUUCAGGGGACAACACAGCACGUGCCUACAGUCUGAUGAGCAGGGAGUGCCAAGCAGUGUUCACUGGUCACACAAACAAAGUCAACUGUCUGCUGGUGUCUUCGCUCCCAAACCUGCCAGCACGUCUUUUCACCGGGUCCAGUGACCAGACGAUCCGCUGUCACAGCAUAAAGUCUAAGAAGUGUCUGCAGCAGAUGUCUCUGUCAGACAGAGUGUUGUGUUUGCAUGUCGCGUGGAACAUUCUGUUUGCUGGACUCGCCAGUGGAUCAGUGGCCAGCUAUGAUUUAAAGACGCUGAAGCAGUUGGAUAUCUUGGAGUGCCAUGGCCCAAGAGGUGUGAGCUGCCUGGGUACGGCACAGGAGGGCGCCCGGCGAGUGCUCCUGGUCGGCUCCUACGACAGCACCAUCAGCGUACGAGACGCCAAGAGCGGCCUGCUGCUGCGCUCGCUGGAGGGUCACACCAAAACUGUACUCUGUAUGAAGGUGGUGAAUGACCUGGUAUUCAGCGGCUCCAGUGACACGUCUGUUCAUGCCCACAACAUCCAUACGGGUGAGUUGGUUCGAAUCUACAAGGGUCACAGUCAUGCUGUGACAUCGAUAGUCAUCUUAGGGAAGGUGAUGGUGACGGCCUGUCUGGAUAAACUGGUCCGAGUGUAUGAGCUUCAGUCCCAUGACCGCCUGCAGGUGUACGGGGGUCACAGUGACAUGGUGAUGUGUAUGGCUGUACAUAAGAGUGUGAUCUACACAGGCUGUUAUGAUGGUAGUGUUCAAGCUGUGAAGCUCAACUUGAUGAAGAACCACCGCUGCUGGUGGCAGAAUUGCUCUCUGAUCUUCGGCCUGGCGGAUCAUCUCUUGCAGCACCUCGUUAGAGAUCACAGCAACCUGAAUCUGGAGAUGGUCAAAUGUCGCUGGAGAGACUGCAGUGCUUUUUUUGCCCAAAAGCAGUCAGUUAGGCAGGAGCUUCCCGAACACAUGCAGAGCCACGUGGAGAAGGACAGUAAAGUGCAGCCUUAAUGAUGCUGGAGUUUCAUCCAUUACAACACGCCACCAGAUUUUUCAGUUACAAUUUUUAGUUUUGUUUUCCAUGAAUGUUCCAUUUUUCCUUUUUGUUCUGCUUUUUGUGGUGUUGACCACAUCUCUUUGGGUUCACUGAGACCAGACGGGCAACUUGUUAUUGAUAUCUGAAGCUGUAUCAUGUCAGGAUCAGGCUAAUACUCGGGCACUCAAUCAGUCCUGCUGUUAAAAUGAUCAAUCAUUAAGCUUCAAUGAUUCACUACUGUUUUGAUCUGUUUACCAACACGUUCUUUUCUUAUCCCUGUUGAUACAUAACAUGGCUUUAGACACCGUUCAUCUCAGAAAUGCCAUACUAUAUGUGAAGCUACUUCCUUGCAGUGUUUCCACAACUAUUCACUGGCAUUAACACCUCAGAGUAGCUUUUACAGGCCAUCUUUUAAUGUGAACUGCCUUCUUAAUCAAUCUUGUUUAGAUAUGUACUGUCAAUUGGCUCUGAAGUAGAGGCAGCAGGUUUUAAUGUUGGCUGAAUCUGUUGCGCAGCAACACACCAGAAAUGGCACAGUGUCUGAGCCUGAACAAAAUCAUUCAUUUAUACAUCAAAUGUCAACAAGCAUUUUGUGAAACUGACCUUCUGUCAUUUCAAAAGAGUACUCCACUGUUUGAGCGUUUACUCAGAUACAGACGUCUCUUUUGAUUUGGAUGUAUUACAGAUUUUUUAAUUGAAUACUGACUUCUUAUUUUUCCUUAUUUCACAGUUUAAAGUAAAUAUAUUGCCAAAUUAAUUUCUGACUCAGAUUUUUGCCUCCCAUCACAUCUGAGAACUUUGAAUUGAAUUUCUCAGGUUGUGACUGGGAGAUUUGACUAUAAAAAUAUACCCUGCUUCAGUCAAUGUAAAAAAAAAAUAAUUAUUAUAUUUUGACAUUUUUGGCAAUGCUUUUCUCCUUGUUAUUACUUUGUAUAACAGAUAUUUGAGACUCAUCUCUCAUUUUCUGUCUCCGUUGUCAGACCAAACCAUUCAGAAAAUAACUUGCUGCCUUAAUUUUUGUAUGUUAUACUUAACAGUGUGUAUUUGAUUGUUUAAAUACCUACUGUAUGUGUACAGCAAUAAAAAGACAAAACACAUUCA